AUGUCGGGCAAACGUAAUCCAGAACUUGAUCGAGAAGCUCAACAGUGGAUUGAAGCUGUAAUUGGUGAAAAAUUUCCUGGAGGUGCCUAUGAAGAUGCAAUUAAAGAUGGAAUCGUUUUAUGCAAACUAAUAAAUAAACUUCAGCCAGGCUCUGUUUCUAAGAUCUGUACAUCAGGUGGGGGAUUCAAAUUACGCGAAAAUGUCUCGGCUUUUCAAAAUGCUGCUCGUGCUUAUGGUUUACCCGAUGCAGAAUUAUUUCAAACGGUAGAUCUUUUUGAGAAGCGAAAUAUCGCUCAAGUAACUCAGUGUAUUCAUGCUCUCGGUCGACAGGCCCAAAGAAAAAGUUUUAAUGGACCAACACUAGGUCCGAAAAUGGCUGAAAGUAAUGUACGUGAAUUUACAGAAGAACAAUUACGUGCUGGACAAAACAUGGUUGGUUUACUCAACGAUGGAAUGAAUAAAGGUGCAAGUCAAGCAGGUCAAAACAUUGGUCUAACGCGUCAUAUAUAA